CAGGUACCUGGUCGAUAUCUUGCAGAGGCAAUGGAGGCAAUGAUGCAAACUCUGUUGUAAUUAAAACAUAAAGAAAAACAUAUUUUUAGCUGUACCAUACUCUUUCAGUAUCAUUCAAUGCCUAACAUUUCAGAAGAUGAAAAGGAGAAUGGUUCUGGAAAUAAUGGAAACACUGGAAACAAACCUGGGAAGGAAUCCCCAGAAGUUUGUCUUCAUGAUCCGGUGAAGCAAUACUGCAUGUCAGACGCCUCCACUGCGUCCCUGGUGUCUAGGGGAGAUGGGCAUUAUCCAUGGGGAUGUCCUGUGACUCAUACACGAGAGAAAUUUUAUACCAUCUGCUCAGACUAUGCUUUUUUAAACAGAGUAACAUCUAUUUGUAAAAGCUCAAGUGCUCCAGUUAGUGCCUGUCUGUCAGGCAGUGCUGCCUUAAAUGCUGGAAAUAACACACCUAGCUUACUCAGCAUUCAAACUGGUGCUUCGGAGAUAAUCUAUGGUGAGGAUGCUAACUUGGAAAGCUUGCCUGGCGAUCUUGGAAAGCUUCCACUGGCAUGGGAAAUCGACAAAUCCGAAUUCAAUGGGGUGAGCACAAAUCUGAGGAGCAAAGCAGGCAACAUGAAGAAACAAGUGACAAAGAAAAAAUCUGUAGACAAAAAAAGCAAACAAUACAGGGAGUGUCCUCAGCAUUCUGCUCUUGAAGACGUGAAGGAGAGGAAGGUGUUGGACCUCCGGAGAUGGUAUUGUGUUAGCAGACCUCAGUACAAGACUUCCUGUGGAAUUUCAUCCUUAGUGUCUUGCUGGAAUUUCUUAUUUAGUACUCUGGGAGCUGGAAGUUUACCACCUAUUACUCAAGAAGAAGCUUUGCAUAUACUGGGCUUUCAGCCUCCAUUUGAGGAAAUUAGGUUUGGUCCUUUCACUGGAAAUACAACUUUAAUGAGAUGGUUUAGGCAAAUAAAUGAUCACUUCCAUAUCAAGGGAUGCUCAUAUGUUCUGUAUAAGCCUCAUGGGAAGAACAAGACAGCUGGAGAAACUGCUGCAGGGGCCCUUGCGAAGCUAACACGUGGACUGAAAGACGAAUCAAUGGCCUACAUCUACCAUUGCCAAAACCAUUAUUUUUGCCCAAUUGGAUUUGAAGCAACCCCAGUAAAAGCUAGUAAAGCCUAUAGGUUGCUGGAUUUGGACUCGGGAGACCUGGGUUCAGUUCCCAGUUCAACCACAGACUUCCAGUGUGACCUUAGAGGUCGUGUCUUGCAGCAAGAAGUAGAAUAUUGGAUCUUAAUUGGAGAGCCCAGCAGAAAACAUCCAACAAUACACUGUAAAAGGUGGGCAGAUAUUGUCACUGACCUCAACACCCAAAAUCCAGAAUAUCUGGAUAUUCGACACUUAGAGAGAGGAUUGCAGCAUCGAAAAACAAAGAAG